AUGUUGGAGGGACGUCAGGCUAUGUCCCCAUACUUCCCCACACCCUGGGCAUAUGUAGAUGCCGAACGUAAAAAUUCGCCACGCUGUUUAUGUACCCCGUCCAUGGGGACAUAUAUGUACGAUACAGUACACGGGGCUCUUGAUACACAGCAGACGAUGGACACAGGCGAACCCUCCGCCCGCGCUAAGAAAUGUAAUACAGAGGAACUCAAGGGCAACCUCUCACUCUCCAACGACGGGCUGACAAAGUCGAACACGGGUGGGAAAUAUGUAUCCCAAUUGGUAGGAAAAUUCGAUUAA